AUGCGCUCUGUUCUGUCGCUCGCAGCCGUCUGCGCCUCAUGGGCCUCGGUUGCUGCUGCUCUGCACCAGAUUCCCCUCGCCCCAGCUGCUGCGAUCGCCGACGGUGCUUCUUCAGGCGCUGGCACUUUCGAGCAGUUUAUCGACCAUGAUAACCCCGAACUAGGAACGUUUUCUCAGCGAUACUGGUGGAGUGAUGAGUACUGGAACGGACCUGGGUCUCCCAUCAUCCUCUUCCAGCCUGGCGAGAGUGAUGCAGAUGGGUUCCAGGGAUACCUCAGCAACAGAACCCUCACAGGUCUCUAUGCGCAGGAGAUGGGCGGCGCUGGCUUGAUUCUCGAGCACCGUUACUACGGCAAAUCUUCUCCCGUUGACACGUUGACCCCAAAGACGAUGCAGCAUCUCACCUUCAAGAACGCGCUGGCCGACACCGUCAACUUUGCAAAGAACGUUAAGCUGCCUUUUGACAACUCGACCAAGAGCUCUCCGGACAACGCUGCUUGGAUUCUGGUUGGUGGUUCGUACAGCGGUGCACAGGCUGGCUGGACUGCAGCAAUCCUGCCCGGGACCUUCUGGGCUUACCACGCCUCGAGCGCGCCCGUCGAAGCAAUCUGGAACUACUGGCAAUAUUUUGUUCCUAUUCAGAAUCGUCUGCCCAAGAACUGCACCACUGACCUGACCAACGUGAUCAGCCACAUCGACAGCAUCCUGUCGGGAUCUGACGAGAACGCCAAGCAGACUCUGAAGGAAAAGUUCCAGCUUGGAGAUCUGCGUGACGACGAUUUUGCCGCGGCUCUUGCCAAUGGGCCUUAUCUUGGUCAGACCACCUCAGCGUCAAACUCGUACGGCCUGUACGAUUUCUGCAACUACAUCGAGAACGUGUAUGCGCAACCCCCCGCCAACCCUGGUACCCGCGGCGUUGGUGUAGCAAAGGCUCUUGAGGGAUACGCCCAGUGGUGGGCCACCAUUUUCCCUGGAUACUGCGCAUCCACCGGAUACUUCACUUCAAACACCUCGACUGGCUGCUUCGACACAUACAACGCGACCAGCCCAAUGUACGCCGACACCAGUAUCGGCAACUAUGCCAAUAAGCAGUGGGAAUGGUUGUGCUGCAACGAGCCGUUUGGGGCUUGGCAGGAUGGUGCUCCUAACGGAACCAAAUCGAUCGUCUCUCGCCUGAUCACUGACGACUACUACCUGCGCUCUUGCGGCACGUACUUCCAGCCAGACGAUGGAUAUACCUAUGCCGGUGCCAACGGCAAGCGCUCGAGCGCCGUGAACGCCUGGACUCAGGGCUGGAAGGGUACUACUGAGCGAGUGAUCUGGGCUCAGGGACAAUACGACCCAUGGCGCGAGGAGACUGUGUCCUCUGACUUCCGCCCCGGCGGCCCGCUGUCAUCGUCCGAGUCGAACCCGAUCUUCGUCAUGAAGGACGCCAGUCACUGCUACGACUUGAUCCUGGCCAACGCCGAGGAGAACGCGAGCGUGAAGGAGGUGGUCGACGCCGAGGUCAAGCAGAUGAAGGCCUGGGUCGCCGAGUUCAAGCCCAAGAACAACGGAACCCAGACCCUGCGCCGGAAACUGCGUCACUACUAG